UGCAAAACGAGCUGAGCUGUGGGCGCCUACCGGCACCACCACCAUCACCCUUCCUUCCUCUGCGCUUGCCGCCGGGGUACAGAGGCUGGCACCGCCCUGCGAGCUGGGGGCCGGAGCCACCUCGCUUAGCCCCUAGCGGCGUCCCGGCGCCCUCAGCAUUGCGCGCCCCCCAGCCAGCUUCUUCCUAACAGAGCCAUGGCUUUUGCCAAUUUCCGCCGUAUUCUAAGGCUGUCCACCUUCGAGAAGAGAAAAUCCCGGGAGUAUGAACACGUCCGCCGAGAUCUCGACCCAAACGAAGUGUGGGAGAUAGUCGGGGAGUUGGGCGAUGGAGCCUUCGGUAAAGUUUACAAGGCCAAGAACAAGGAGACGGGUGCACUGGCUGCUGCCAAAGUCAUCGAAACCAAGAGUGAGGAGGAGCUGGAAGAUUACAUAGUGGAGAUAGAAAUCCUGGCUACAUGUGAUCAUCCAUACAUAGUGAAGCUACUGGGUGCCUUCUACCAUGACGGGAAGCUGUGGAUUAUGAUUGAAUUUUGUCCUGGUGGAGCAGUGGAUGCCAUCAUGCUAGAGUUGGAUAGAGGACUCACAGAGCCUCAGAUUCAGGUAAUCUGCCGUCAGAUGUUAGAGGCUCUCACCUACUUACAUAGUAAGAAGAUCAUCCACCGGGACUUGAAGGCCGGCAAUGUGCUGAUGACCUUGGAUGGAGACAUCAAGCUUGCUGACUUUGGUGUAUCUGCCAAGAAUCUGAAAACCUUGCAGAAACGAGAUUCCUUCAUAGGAACACCUUACUGGAUGGCUCCUGAGGUGGUGAUGUGUGAGACCAUGAAAGAUACCCCUUAUGACUAUAAGGCUGAUAUAUGGUCCUUGGGCAUCACGCUCAUUGAGAUGGCGCAGAUAGAGCCUCCUCACCAUGAACUGAAUCCUAUGCGAGUCCUUUUGAAGAUUGCCAAAUCAGACCCGCCUACACUCCUCACACCAUCCAAAUGGUCCUUGGACUUCCGGGACUUCCUGAAGACUGCUCUGGAUAAGAAUCCAGAGACCCGACCCAGUGCUGCACAACUCUUAGAGCAUCCCUUCGUCAGCAAAGUCACCAGCAACAAAGCUCUACGAGAGCUGGUAGCUGAAGCAAAGGCUGAAGUGAUGGAAGAAAUUGAAGACAACAGGGAGGAAGGAGAAGAUGAUGACUCAACAGAAACAGUAUCUCCUCCAGGGAGACAUACACGAGACUCUUCAGAAGUGAGUCACCUGAGUUUUGAUGGAGAGAAGCCUCCAGAGUUAUCAACUCCUGACCCAUUGAUGCCCACAGGCAGCCUUGAGAAGCCCAAUGGCAAGCUUUCGGAAGGAGAAAUCACCACUAUCAAGGAAGAUGGUGGCAGCUCCAUUCAAACUACAGGCAGUUCGGUCUUGCCUGGAAAUGAACAUGACAGAGUUGAAUCUGCAGACCCAGGGAAAUACCGUUUCAGUGCCCCACCAGGAUUCUUGGAUGCCAAAGUUUCAACCAUGGAGGAGAAACCUUUCUUUAAUCAUCAGAGCAAUGGCCUGGACGUCGCUACCAACACAAACAAUAAGGGAAGUCGAAGCCGGCCCACAAGCAGUAUCCUGGAGAACUUAGUGGGUGAAAAAAUUGCCAAUGGGACUCUAGAGCCUCCUGUUCAAAUUCCCCUUCGUAAAUUCAAGAGAGACUCAGACUGUGGGAGCCUUUCUGCCUCUGAGAGUAUGGAUUACAGUGUCUCGCUCUCUGCUGACUUGUCUCUGAACAGAGAAACAGGUUCAUUGUCUCUGAAGGAACCCAGGCUACACAAUAAAACCCUGAAGCGCACCCGGAAGUUUGUUGUGGAUGGUGUGGAAGUGAGCGUCACCACCUCCAAGAUCAUCAGUGAGGAUGAGAAGAAGGAUGAAGAGAUGAGAUUUCUCAGGCGCCAAGAGCUCCGAGAAUUGCGUCUGAUCCAGAAGGAGGAGCACCGGAACCAGACCCAGCUGGCUAACAAACAUGAGCUACAGCUGGAACAGAUGCACAGGCGAUUUGAGCAAGAGAUAAAUUCCAAGAAGAAAUUCUAUGAUACUGAGCUGGAAAACCUGGAACGGCAGCAGAAGCAGCAGGUUGAAAAGAUGGAGCAGGACCAUGCCUUCCGCCGUAGGGAGGAGGCAAAGAGAAUCCGGGCAGAGCAGGACCGAGAGUAUAGCAAGUUUCAGGAGCAGCUCAAGAUGAAGAAGAAAGAGGUGAAGAAUGAGGUGGAGAAACUGCCUCGACAGCAACGGAAAGAGAGCAUGAGGCAGAAGAUGGAGGAACAUACCCAGCAAAAACAGCUUCUGGACAAAGAGUUUGUGGCCAAACAGAAGGGAGACUUGGAGUUAGCUAUGAAAACGAUCACAGCUGAAAAUAGACGGGAGAUCUGUGACAAAGAAAGGGAAUGUCUGAAUAAGAAGCAAGAGCUUCUUCGAGACCGGGAAGCUUCCCUCUGGGAGCUUGAAGAGCAUCACUUACAAGAAAGACACCAGCUGGUCAAGCAGCAGCUGAAGGACCAGUAUUUCCUCCAAAGGCAUGAACUGCUUCGGAAGCAUGAGAAGGAGCGGGAACAGAUGCAGCGCUACAAUCAGCGAAUGAUAGAACAGCUGAAGAUCCGGCAGCAACAAGAGAAGGCCCGUCUCCCCAAGAUCCAGAGGAGUGAAGGAAAGACUCGAAUGGCCAUGUAUAAGAAGAGUCUCCAUAUCAAUGGUGGUGGAAGUGCCUCUGAGCAGAGGGAGAAGAUUAAGCAGUUUUCCCAACAAGAAGAAAAAAGACAGAAGGCUGAGCGACUGCAGCAACAACAGAAACACGAGUCGCAGAUGAGAGACAUGAAUACCCAGUGUGAGAGCAAUAUGAGCGAGCUCCAGCAGCUCCAGAAUGAAAAGUGUCACCUCUUGGUAGAGCACGAAACCCAAAAGUUGAAGGCCCUAGAUGAGAGCCAUAACCAGAACCUGAAGGACUGGCGGGAAAAACUUCGGCCAAGGAAAAAGGCUCUGGAGGAUGACCUGAACCAGAAGAAACGGGAGCAGGAGAGGUUCUUCAAAAUAAGUGAAGAGGCUGAGAGUCCGAAUCCCAACUCACCGAACAAACCUGCCAAGUUUUUCCCAUACGGCAACUCAGAAGCUUCCUAAAGUACAGCUGGUCUGAGGCAACAGGCUUCCAAAGGGCAGACAGGCCUCUUUACCCCUCUUGUUCUCUUUGGACAAGUAACUCAGGGCCUAAUACAUCUAGUGCUUCUAGAAUGUCAACCUAACUUUAGAACUCUGUACUGUGCUGCUUCAGCUGUGCUAAGAAUUGCCAUGGUUCCUGCUUUUUUUUCUGUCAUAGCGUGGAUGAAUUUUUUGUUUUGUGUCUUUCCCUUAUUCUUUUCCACUCAUUGCCAUCUGACACCCAAAGCAUUCAUUUGCUUCACCCGAAGACCUAAAUCAUCUUCAUUUUGCGUAUUGGUGGGAUUGAAGGCCAAGAACAAGGGCAAAUAAUGUGUGGAUUAGAAUUCCCUUCCUUUUGUUCAAGAGGUAAUAAUUUUGUUCAUGGGUGGAAGUCUAAUUCUGCUUUUGGCUGGAGUGUUAGAUAUAAUGGGCCCCUUUGGGUCCAACUCUUUGAG